AUGGGAAAAGCGAGCAAAGACAAGCGCGACGUCUACUACAGAAAAGCAAAAGCACUAGGAUAUCGCGCGAGAUCCGCAUUCAAGCUUGAGCAGCUCGAUGAACAAUGCGACCUUCUGUCAAAGGCGACCAACAUAGUAGACCUCUGCGCAGCGCCAGGUAGUUGGAGUCAGUACAUUGCUCGUCGCAUGCGCGAUUUGGGCAGAGCGAAGGAGUCACGCAUCAUCGCCAUCGACUUGCAAGAGAUGGCUCCGAUCGAAGGCGUCAAAAUGCUACAGGCCGACAUCACGAAGAAGUCAACGUUGGAGGAAAUACUACGUUAUUUCGGCAACACGCCUGCAGAUAUCGUCGUGAGUGAUGGUGCUCCCGAUGUUACCGGGUUGCAUGAUAUUGAUGAAUACGUUCAGGCUCAACUUGUUCUUGCUGCUCUAAACGUUGCUAGUCAGAUGUUGCGACCCGGUGGUUCCUUCGUCGCCAAAGUUUUUCGGCAAAAGGACACAGAUUUGUUGUACAGCCAACUCAAAAUGUAUUUUCCUGACGUUGCUGUUGUCAAGCCGAGAAGUAGCAGGAAUAGCAGCAUUGAGGCAUUUGUUGUGUGUCGCAAUUAUUCGCCGGUACCUGGGUUUGUGCCAGUCAUCAUUUCAAGUGAUCCAUCGAAGAAUGCAGAGGGCGAGGCCCUUUCCGAUAUGAACAGAAUUGCAGUGCCCUUCAUCAGUGCCGGCGAUUUGUCCGGGCUAGACUCUGACAUGUCGUACUCUCUUGAUGCCGACAUCGGAGAUCUCAGCUACGUGCCACUGCCGCCGGUUGUUGCUCCAAUUCAACCUCCAUACGCAGAAGCUCUUCGACGAAAGAGGGAAGCAGAUGGACAAAAGCAGGAAUGA